ACCUAAUACACGCAAAAAUGCAGAAGCAAGAAAGGAAAAAUCCUUACCCAAUCCUACUCUGCGUCGAGCCUUUAAGACCCCAACAUACACAUACGUUCAUUAUCCUCCAUGGCAGAGGUAGUAAUGCAGAGAAGUUCGGUCGCGAGCUUUUGGCCUCGGCCAAUCUCCCCGCUCGUCUGCCUACUGUGAACUUGGAUGAUCCGAAUCAGAGGACGGAUCUGCAAGCUGAUGGGCUGAUGGAGACGGCAAAGUUCUUGAGAGAAUUAGUUGAUGCUGAAGCACGGGUUCUGGAUAACGGUGCCGGUGAGACGGGGUACAAAAGAGUUAUUAUCGGAGGACUGAGUCAGGGAUGUGCUGCUGCCAUUUUUACUCUUCUUGGCGGUGGAUUUGGAAAGAGUGGAAAUGAGAGGCCUGGGGCUUUCUUUGGGAUGAGCGGUUGGCUACCGUUUGAGAAACAGCUGAAUAGUAUGGUGAGCAAUGAACGAAUCCAUGAGACGGAAGAUGAAGAUGAAGAAGAGGAUGACAGUGAAAGUAGUGAUGAUGAUGACCGCUCAGAGAGCGACGUUGGGAUAAAUGUCUCGUUCAGUGACGCUGAAAGUGAUAACUUCGCAUCGGAUGCAGAAGUGAAUUUGGCUUCCUUCGACGCAUUUCAGCUUGAUCCUCAGGAUAAUCCCGAAAAUAACAUUGCGGAUGCACUCAAUUUUGUUCGCGACAUACUGGAUCUCCCACCCGUGGUUAUUGGCCCUUCUGCUCCUGACGACGAUGAUAACGAAACAAACCAUAAAAUGACCACAAAGACUUUCCCAAUCCUUCAGACACCAAUCUUUCUAGGUCAUGGAUUGGCUGAUCCCAAAGUGUCUGUUCGCUUGGGUGAGAAAAUGGCCGAGAUACUGUCGAAAAAGAUAAAAAUAGAUGUCACAUGGAAGGCUUACGAGGGGUUUGGUCACUGGUACAAAGUCCCUGAUGAAAUUGAUGACAUUCUGGAAUUCCUGCAGCAAAAUCUUGGUUUGCCAGUUGAGAUGCUAGCUAAGUAGCACUUGCUUAUAAUAUUAAUUGCAUUUGG